UACAUGAAUAUUUCCUGAAAAUCCAUACUAUUUUUAAUAGAAAUCAAAUUUAAAGUUUGAAUUUUUAGAACCGCGCCAAAAACGCUAUUCCUGUGAUGGCGCCGGCAGAUGAGGUCUGUGACGUCACACGCCAGUAAACACGAUCACGAGCUGUCAGCCGAAGUUAAUAUCAUUAUUGUGCUUGAUUUUGCUAUAAAAUCAUAGAUAAAAUGGUCUAUAAAUGGUGUGUAGUGCCAAAAUGUACGAAUACGUGUAUAAAUAGUCCACAAACAUUGUUUGUUUCUGUUCCAACCGAUUGUAAAAGACGAAAAAAGUGGUUAAUAUUAGCUCGGAGAGACCCAAAGGGCAUUUCAUCGACUUCAAAUGUAUUUAUGUGUGAAGAUCACUUCGAUAUGGAAAAAGACACCAUUAACUACAAAAUGGGUUUCAGCAAGAAGAUACUUUUGACAGAAGAGGCUGUGCCAACAAAAUUUCAUUGUCAAGAAGAUCGUAAAAGACCACUGUCUGAUGCUCGAGGAGCAUAUGUCAAGAGGAAAAGAAUGGAUUUGGUCAACACAUGUUUGCAAAGUCAAAAUGCUACUGAAGCCCAAGCUGAAAGCUUACAAAAAGAUGAGAGUUUGAUACAAGACAUUAUUGAACCUCAAGGUAUGUAA